CCCAUAUAGCCAUUCCACGAUUUCCUUAUUAAAGACGUUGUGCAUCCAACUGCUUGGGUAAGAUGGUGUUAUUAUAUACUUCCAACACAGAUCGCUCUAUGUACUUCAUCAGCUACAUGCAAACGCUGGUAUAUACACGCAACGUUGUUUGAUCACCUUAUAAGAUCACCUCGACUGCUACGCAGCUGUUACGGGGCAACACUUAGCAACGCAACGAAGGCAAACGCUUACAUGUCCAGCUUGACACGCUAGCUUGCAUGUUUGACAGCUAAUAUCGCGUUAACUGGGACGCUUGCCGGGCGAGAAAAAGGUGCAGCAUGGCACCAUCGGGGGCCGAUGCCCUUACGUUUACAGACAUGCGCGAGUACGCGCGGGCUCACGACCCGUACGACGACGACUCGUACGGCGCCGCUAACGACCCGCUGCUGGGCGGGCCCCGGCAGCGGCGCCACCCGCGCAACGGAGGAGGUGGAGGAGAGGACGGCAGCACCGGAGGAGGAGGAGGAGGAGGCGGCGGUGGUUUCGUAGCCAGUGGUGGCGGUGGUGGCGGGGAUGAUGACAUGGACGGGGGUGGAGGAGGAGGAGGAGGAGGGGGGUCUAUGGGGGUGUCCUGGAGGAGGGCAUGGCGGUCCAUAUUCAAGAAGGGCAACGAUGUGGAGAGCGCACGCGUGAACCACAACUUCACACCCGAAGAGCGUGUCAAGCUGGCCAACGUGGAGUCCAUCGACUACCUGGCGCCCAACAGCGCCACCUACCGCAAGUGGCUGGCAAGACAGCCCCACCGCCGCUCCUGGGACCGGUGGGUGAUGAUGGGCGCCAUCGGGGUGGCCACCGGGCUGGUGGCGUACCUGCUGUACGUGCUCAUCUCCUCCCUCGCCGACUUCAAGUACGUGGUGACUCGGUGGCUGCUGGCGCACACCAACAUGGGGGUGGCGUGGCUGUUCAAUGUGACCGUGAGUGUGGGCCUGGUAGCCGCCAGCAGUGCGGCGGUGAUCGGGUGGGCGCCCCAGGCGGCGGGCAGCGGGGUGCCGGAGAUCAUGGCGUACCUCAACGGAUGCAUGCUGCCAAAGCUCUUCAACAUCGCCACCCUGGGAGUCAAGUUCCUGUCGUGCGGGCUGGUGGUGGCCAGCGGGCUGCCGGUGGGGCCGGAGGGGCCGCUCAUACACAUCGGGGCAGCCAUUGGCGCGGCGCUGAGCCAGGGGCACUCCACCACACUGGGUUUCACCACCGCCCUCUUCCGGCGCUUCCGCAACCCCAAGGACAAGCGCGACUUCGUGACGGCGGGCGUGAGCGUGGGGGUGGCGGCGGCGUUCAAUGCACCCAUCGGCGGCCUGCUGUUCGCGUUCGAGGAGGUUGCCAGCUUCUGGCAGCAGCGGCUGGGCUGGCAGGUGUUCUACGCCUGCAUGUGUGCCGUACUCACACUCAACCUGAGCCGCUCGGCGGGCAAGGCGGCGCUGGGGAAGGGCAGCUUCGGCUGGUUCGAUAAGGAGGUGGCGUUCGAGCAAAUCGGCAUGUCCUUCUCCAGCCACGUGUUGGCGGUGCUGCCUGCCGCGGUGAUCGGGCUGGGUGCAGGGCUGCUGGCCAUCGUGUUCACGGUAGCGAACAUCAAGGUCACCCGCCUGCGCUCCCUCCUCACCGGUCACCUGCGGUGGGGUCGGGCGGUGGAGCCCUGCCUGUUGGCCGCGGUGUACGUGACGGGGGCCAUGCUGCUGCCCCUCAUGUUCCCGUGCACACCCGCGGAGUGCGUCAAAGUGGAGAAUGGUGAGCUGCAAUGCAACACGGGGCUCAGCGGCCCCACGCAGGGCGGUAUUCCCACCUACGCCCCCUCCCUGCCGCUCUACACCUGCCGGGUCAUGGAGC